AGUCUCAAACCCACUUUGCAGCUUCUCGAUCACUGUUUCUACCAUCUUCACGUGCUCGGAGCAGGGCGCAAGGUGGGGGCUGGUGGAGUGGACCAAGUCCGACUCCCGACGCGGGCGCCGCGACGCGUCAGACAGACGUCCGGGGACUGGAGGAGAGCGCGCCGCCGGAAGCGGAGGGAAGGUGGAGCCACUCCCCUAGACCCGGGCCCCGGCUCACUCCUCCGCCCCCUGCACGGGGCGCGGGCGGGGCUAAGGCGGAAGGGUCCGGAAGGAGAUGACGAUGUAAGUGAGCGCCGGCGUCGCGGCAGCGGCUCCAGAGGAAGCUCGGCGGCCGUGGCCGCUGUGAGCAGGCCGGACGCCGCCUGGCCAACGGGACUUACCCUAAAGCUGGCGAAGGCGGGGCCGCAGUCCGAGCUGCCGCAGUAUCUGGACCCACAGUCGGGCAGGUGGCGGCAGCGAGGGACGUAGCUGCUUCCAGGUCUCAUUAUGCAUCAGAAAAAUGAAAAAACAGAAGAAAAGUCUAUGGAGGAAAAGAAUCCACUUAGCCUUUUCUGAGAAAUGGAAUACUGGGUUUGGAGGCUUUAAGAAGUUCUACUUUCACCAACACUUGUGCAUUCUGAAAGCUAAGUUGGGAAGGCCAGUUACUUGGAGCAGGCAGUUGAGGCAUUUCCAGUGCAGAAAGAGGGCCCUUCAAAACCAGAAAACGUGGAACCAGGAUGAACCCCUUAUUGCUAAGGCAAAGUCCAGUGUGGCUGCUCAGAAUCUUAGUACUUUGUCCUCUAAAGUGAAGAGAAAAGACACUAAACACUUCGUUUCCUCCUCAAGGACACUCCUGAAACUUCAAGCAGAGAAGUUGCUGUCAUCAGCAAAGAAUUCUGACCAUGAAUACUGCGGAGAGAAAAAUCUCUUGAAGGCAGUUGCUGACUUACCAGCAAAUUGUGUGUUAAGUCAGGCCAAUGGUCACAGACCUAGGACGGAGCCACAGGCUUCUGACUUUCCUAUGAAGUUCAAUGGGGAGAGCCAAAGUCCAGGUGAGAGCGGCACAGUUGUGGUCACCUUGAGCAACCAUAAGAGAAAGCGCUUUUGUUACGGCUGCUGCCAAGGGCUGGAGCGCCACAGGAAUGGGGGACCCCUGAUUCCAAAAAAUUUCCAACUUAAGCAACAUAGAAGAAUAAAAGUAUCUCCUCAUAUGAUGUAUGAGAAAUUAUCGAUGAUUAGAUUUCGGUACAGGAUUCUCAGAUCCCAGCACUUCAGAACAAAAAGCAAAGUUUGCAAGCUAAAAAAAGCCCAGCGAAGCUGGGUGCAGGUCACUGGGGACCAUCAAGAGACCCUUAGGGAGAACCGUGAGGGUGGCAGUUGCAGCCCAUUCCCUUCCCCAGAACCUAAAGACCUUUCUUGUCAGCAUCAACCAUACCUUUCAGAUAUGGACAGCAAUGCUGUGGUGAAGGGAAAGAACUCUCAUGUGCCUGAUGGCCACGCUAAAGGAAGCCCUCUCGUGGGCAAGGAGCUUAGUUUAGACGAAGCAUUUCCUGACCAGCAGAAUGGCAGUGCCACAUAUACCUGGGACCAGUCACCCUGUUCCUCUCCUAAGUGGGAGUGUACAGAGCUGAUUCAUGAUUUCCCCUUACCAGAACAUCGUUCUAGUGGUGUGUUUAUCUCGGAAACUGAGAGAGAAGCUAUGGCUCUGGGUCAGGAAAAUCGGACAAGUACUGUCAAUGAUGACAGAAUAAAACUGUCAGAGUCUGGGGCAGAUCAGUCUGUAAGUAGUGUAGAUGGGCCUGUGUCUGAAGAGACUGUUCAAAAUGAGAGCUCAUGCCAGAUGGAUGAGGAUGGAUCAUUCAAGCAGAACAUUCUUAGUUCUAAGUUGCUGGACCACCCUUACUGUAAAAGUCCACUGGAGGCUCCUCUGACGUGCAGUGGACUCAAACUAGAAAAUCAAGUGGGAGGUGGGAAGAACAGUCAAAAAGCCUCUCCAGUGGAUGAUGAACAGCUGUCAAUCUGCCUUUCUGGAUUCCUAGAUGAGGUUAUGAAGAAGUAUGGCAGUUUGGUCCCACUCAGUGAAAAAGAUGUCCUUGGAAGAUUAAAAGAUGUCUUUAAUGAAGACUUUUCAAAUAGAAAACCAUUUAUCAAUAGGGAAAUAACAAACUAUAGGGCCAGACAUCAAAAGUGCAACUUCCGCAUCUUCUACAAUAAACACAUGCUGGAUAUGGAUGAUCUGGCAACCCUGGAUGGUCAGAAUUGGCUGAAUGACCAGGUCAUUAAUAUGUACGGUGAGCUGAUAAUGGAUGCAGUCCCAGACAAAGUUCACUUCUUCAACAGCUUUUUUCAUAGACAGCUGGUAACCAAAGGAUAUAAUGGAGUAAAAAGAUGGACUAAAAAGGUGGAUUUGUUUAAAAAGAGUCUUCUGUUGAUUCCUAUUCACCUGGAAGUCCACUGGUCUCUCAUUACUGUGACACUCUCCAAUCGAAUUAUUUCAUUUUAUGAUUCCCAAGGCAUUCAUUUUAAGUUUUGUGUAGAGUGUAUUCCACAACAGAAAAAUGACAGUGACUGUGGAGUAUUUGUGCUCCAGUACUGCAAGUGCCUCGCCUUAGAGCAGCCUUUCCAGUUUUCUCAAGAAGACAUGCCCCGAGUGCGGAAGAGGAUUUACAAGGAGCUGUGUGAGUGCCGGCUCAUGGACUGAAACUCAGCAGGGACUCUGGGAAGUCUGACCAAGUUGGAGCAGAUGGUUUGUUACUUGAAUCUCCAAACACUUAUUUGAAUUUUUACAGAUAUUUCAGAUCAGUGGUGUUGGGCCACUCUUGUUACCUCAAAUUUAUUUUUUGCCCUUAUUCAUUUCUCCAGCUACCAUGUACUAUUUUUUAAUGUUCAGUUUGGUUUCAUUUUUAAUUUUAUGGAUUCUGUGUGUCUCUCCCCUCCCCCAUAUUUAAUAUUUAUUAUCCAAACGCAUGCAUAUAGACAGAGCAUGCAGUGCAGAGUAUUAAAAAAAAAAAUAACGCGUAGUAGAUUUGGUGCAGCUUUUGAAACUUAGCUAGAUGUGAACUGAACACAGGUUCAAAUUUUAAUUCCAGAACCUAAAAAUGCAGGAUGUUUUUGAUACAACAUAACUCUGAGAAAAGUAGAUGUUCCCUGGGGCAUAAAGGGUAGCUAGGAGGGGUUUUGACAAAGCCAGUCGUUUUGUCUUUACCAGCAGGACUUUUCACUGACUUCUCUCUCCAGGAGAGUCGCUUUCCUUUUGAAGGGUGAAAAGGAAGUGGCCAUAAACUGACUGGAGUGUUUACGUAGGCACACUUGUAAGCGCAGUACCUGCUGUGGGAAGAGUUGAUUAAGGUAUGAGAAAAAGACAGUGACCUUGGGGGUCCAGUUAAUCUUCACACAUGAGAGAUUUCAAUCCUGGUUUUAAAAAGAACAAUAAUAAAUGCUUUAAUCUUA